GGUCACUAUCUUAGGCAUUGCUACCUAAGUCCCCAUUAGGAACAAGCCUGGCUAUGAGCCACGGUGCUCAGAGAACCACAGAGCUGCAUGGCAUCACAGGUGCGCAUCUCCUCUUUCCAGCCCUGGGUCCAGCAAGGCACAGUCUCAGGGAUUAACACUUGUGUGGUUUCCAGGGGAGCAGAACUACAGAGUCAAUCUCCAAGGCCACUGCUGCAUUCUUCUGUAGCUAGGAAGGCAGGUGGGAUUUUCCAUGACCCUCUUCCCAGGCUCACUAGGAGGAUGAGGUCCCUAGCCCACCCUGCAAAGUCUUUUAAUACAAGGUGCCACUUCGGUACCCGAGUCUCUAAGCCAGUGACAUGCAAUCUCGAGGAGGAAGAGAAGCUGAGGAUUCCGGGCCGUUCUGUCACUCUUGCAGCCUAUGGGGGCUAAGAAGAGAGGCCCAGGCUGGGGCCAGGUGGUCAGCUGAGCUGAGAACUGGGGGCCUGCAGCUUUAAAAGGGAGGGUACCCCUAAGGCUGUAAGACCUGUGUCCUACCAGGUCCUCUUCACUUUGCAUCUCUAGCUGGUCACAGAGAAGUUUGCACUCAAGUGCCCCUGCUGAGCACAGUGUAGAGCUCCACUCCUACCCAUGUACCCAUGUACAGAGACGGAGCCUGUGUCCUAGCUCAGCUCUCCAUGGAGUCCACCCAGCCUGAGGCCCUCCGAGUGACUUCCUACCCUGGCUGGGCAGGGACUAUGAUGCUCUGGCAUAAUUGAGGGCCCUAGACCAGGGCCUUGUUCCCUGGAGAGUUGUAGCCUGCUUCCCCUUGUCUUUCUUUCCAAAGGUCAGGGUUAUAUGGCCCCCAUUUCCCUUGGGUUCCCUAGCCGGGUUGCCACCAAGAGAUACUCCCCAGCACUCCCAGUACCAUAGGAAUGGAUUUUUUUUUUCUCAUAUUGAAUCUCGGCUUGUUAAGGAACUUCCUUCAUGGAGCAGAAAACCCCAAACCAAGCACUUUGGUGUCUUCUUUCUCUAUCAAAUUGUCAAAGAACUCUUAGAGGUUUCUGCAGACCCCAGCCCAUGUGUGCAGAGCCCUACUCUGAUGGAAGAAGGGGAGUCUCCGGGGCUGAACCUGUGUCCCCUCCCCCCAUAACCCUUCACCUCAGGGCUGAGGUUUCAAGAUGGGUGUUGCAGUCAUGUGUCCUUUCUGUGGCCAUCUCUCAGUCAUGUCUCCUAAGGCACUGGGGCCCCUGUCCUUACAGACACUCUCUUGAGGCCUGUUCCUCAAGGGAAAUGGGGCCAGAGGCCCACCCCUCUACCCAGCUCCACCUCUUCUCCCCCUAAGUCUUAGUGAUUCACCAAGAAGAACUAGCAGUCAUGGGGCCGUUGUGGGCAAGAAGGGCUCUUUUUCAGGAACCCAUUUCUUGGUCUUUGCUGCCUUCAAUGAACAGCCAUUUUCCCACUGCAGGUGGCAUCUUGUGGCCAAUGUUUCUGGGGGCUCACAUGACCGGCACUUGGGGAGUCCUCCCCAUGGUGAGGGAGAGGACUGUUUACUGUGUGUGGUGUCAUUUUGCAAGGUGCUGGCCACUUGCCCAGUAGCCCGCAGCAGCUAAGCAACAAGGCUGGUCACAGCCCAGACAGCUGAGAGCGAGACCCAGGAAGCAUUACUAUGCCUCGCACAUUCAGCCAGUAUUUAGCUUUGAGGAUGCACUGGGCUCUCUGAUCAGGCUGUGAGAAUCCAUUCACGUACUCUGUCACUGGAUGCGGAUGCCUGUACUUACACGGUGCCUGGAGAUCCUUUUAUGAGAUGCUCGGUACCUUGUCCAGAUCCAUACCUGAGACAGGAUUCAAACCUAAAGAGUCAGGCCCAACACCCGGGAUUCAAGUUGAUCUUCCUGUCCCUUAAGGCCAGUGUUUCACAUUGCUGAUUCUGCCUACCUGCCCAACUCUUCUGCAGCUCUUUACCUGUAGCUCCUGUCCCUGCAUUCCCCCAGACAUCACUCUUGGGAACUCAGAAGACCUCUCAGCAAAGGUAGAAAAGAGAGCCACUGGCUUCAUUGUUGGAAAGCAUGAAGCCGGUGUAAGUGUGUCCUAAACAGCCUAGAGGGGCGCAGGCAGGAUGCUCAGGGCGGGGUACGUGUGCUUUCCAGCCAAACCCCAUUGCAUCUCAAGACCACAGCUGCUCCUACCAAGAAUGGCUCACCUCAAGUGUACUCAUUAGCUGGGUAACCUCCUGGCUUCAUUAAGUGGAUCUACACAAAGGGUUAAAAUAAAUGUCCAUCUUUAUGGCAAGAGGCAGUUGUCUGAGAAAGACCAGGAAAUGGCGAGGGAUUGAAUGUCCGGCAAUGUGCAGAGGUGGGGGAGGGGAAAUGAGGUUUCCUUCAGGUCCCACGGGGCUCUCCUUCAGAGAUGAACACGUCUGUGUGCUCUGAGGAAAACGCACUAAGAAACGGGAAUGGAAACGUCUCUUAUCAUUUUCUGGGGAAGCAAAGCCUCUUAUGGUCAACCUUCUGUCCUUUUACCUCUCUGCCUAGUCCUGGCCGCUGGUGUGGUUGGUGGCCUCAGCUCCUUCCCUCUGUAAACCCUUUGAUGUCCCCUUGGAGCAGCCGCCUCCUUGACUCUUAAAGGCUGUGACUGCCCUGUGCUCACAGCGAGAUGCCCAAGAACCCUGAGCGCCUGUGUGAGCAUGCCCCUUCUGUGGGCCGUGUGGCCAGCCACUCCUGUCCUGUUGGCUGUGACCCGGGGUGUACCUCCAUCCCAGGGAUCUCUGCCUAGGCCUGCCUGAUGCUCCCUGCCAUUCCUGCUUUCCUCACCCUCUGGAUCCCGUCCCCAACCCCGAGCUCUCAGGGACUUGUCUGCUGCCCAGAGGCCAGUUUCAUUCCACACUUGAUCUCAUGGCUCCCGGGCUCAGCACACGCACUCUCAGGUGUGGAGUCAGACCUGGCUGUUCCUUCCCAUCUGUAGGGCUUGGACAAGCUCUUCCACCUUCUGAGGUCUCCAUUUUACCAUCUCUAAAAUGGACUGUGGGUCCUUGGUAAGUAUGUAGUAUACUCAGACAGCCCCACAGAACCUCGUUCACUACGGUUGGGAUGAGCUUUGCUUGCUUUGAAGAACCUGUGAGGGGUACUCCCUAGAAAGUUACCUUUUCCUCUUUGCGUGCAUUGCUAAGCACUGAAUUCCAUCUGACUGGUCUGAGCCUCGUUCUAGCCUUGGUGUGUUCUAGCACGCCAACUUGUAAAAUGAGCUGCUUGUCCGUAUCGCAUGACGUUUGUGUGGAUGAAACCCAAGCUACUCACUCAUGAAUAAUCCACCUGUCCUUGUUCUCCUCAAGGGACAUUUUCCCGGACACUCCAAAGGCAUGGUAGUCACCUCAAAAAUUUCCAGAAAAUCCAUGCUGCAGACUCAUUCUAUUUUCCUUAAGUCUGGGCCGAUGAAAUGUUUCCGGGAUGGAGCCGACGGCCCAGGAGCAGACCGAGAAGCGCUUCAGCUACGUCAUCAGAGCUCCCAGCGGCGAUGGCUUUGAUGUGAUGAACGUGGAUGUGAAGAUUGACACGUGCUGGGUGUUCCGAGAUGUGGAGGAGGGUGAUGACAACGAGCAGGGAAGCCUUCCGGAAGCAGCCAGCAGGCCAGACUUGGACACGGGGCUUCUCAGGGAGCAGCUGGGAUCCUCGGAGCGGAAGCUGUUGGCAGCUGGGGACAAACAUGGGAUGUCCGAGUCAGGGCUAAGGAGCAGGGUCCAGGAGCUGGAGCAGUCGGAGAGGAAGCUUCUCCUGAAGGUAGAACAGCUGAGUGCCUGCGUGGCCCAGGAAAGACGUGCCUCACUCUACGCCCAGGAGCAGCUGCGGGCGCUGCAGGGGGAACUGGUCAGCCAGGUGCGGGAGGCGGAGAGCGCGGCCAGACGGCAGCAGCGGCUACAGGAGCGGCUGCGGCACAAGGACGAGGCUCUGGCAAGGCAGGCGGCAGCCCUGGAGCGCUGUGGGUGGGCGCAGCAGCUACAGCUGGGCCUGGUGCGGGAGCAGGAGCGCGUUCUGCGGGCGCAGGUGCAGCGGCUGGAGCGCGACGUGCGGCGCCUGGGCCGCGCUGCCGGCCUCCUGCUGGCACAGCUGCAUGCCCCGGACCCGUUACCAAGUGCGGGCAGCCCCCGGCCGCAGAUCCUGGCCGGUCCCCUAGGCACUCCCGAGGCUACAGAGCUGAGCGCACUGCGGGUCAGGGCGGAGCGCGCAGAGCGGGAGUGGGCGGAGGCGGCGCGCAGGCUGCGGGAGCACAGCGUCACCGAGCGGCAGCUGCGGGAACAGCUGGAAGAACUGCGCUGCUGCGUGUAUGGGCUGACGCUGUCGGAGAUAGGUCUGCAAAGCCAGGUGGAGGAGCUCGCCCAGCAAAACAGGCGCCUGCGGGCCCAGCUGGGGCGCGGUAGCCUGGGUGCCGUGGGCUGUGCACAGAGUGAUUCUCUGCCCUCGCCCAGAGCAGUGGUGCCGGAUCCUUGCAGCAGCCAAGGCUGCCACAGCGAUGCUCGUGGACUUCAAGCCCCAGCAGGCCAGCUCUCAGAAGAGCCCCACAGCUGUGGUGGAGAUAGACCAGCCCCCUGCGUGGUGGUGCCAGCAAGGACCAUAGACAAGCUCCAGAGAGACCUGCCAGGGUCUGAGCGUAGACAGGGUGCUCUUGUCCAGCCCCGUCUAGAUGGACAGACUCUUGGGCUGCUGUGUAGCCGCCUCCCAGAGCCAGGCAUGGAUGAACCACUCUGCUCCUUGGAGCUGGCAGCAGUUUCAGAGAGUCUUCAAGCUGCUGGAGCCCAGGAACCCCUCCUGUUGUUACCCACAUCCAUGCUUCCACUCUGGGGUCCUGCUGGGGAACCACAGCUCCUGCUAUCACCUCUGCUUCCGGAUCAUCUCCUCCAAGAACUUCAGACCCAAAAAGAGCUGGACAGCAAGCCCUCACCUGCCCCUGGGGCUGUGGCACCCCCUGGCUGGCCUUGUAAUCUGGCAAGGAGCCAUGUCACCUCCCUCAACCAGGAGUCCCCACUCACAAAAGGGUCCAAGGAGCCCAGAGACAUGUGGGAAGAGAGAAGUGGACCUCCAGUUGCAAGUGCAGAGAAGUGGGAGGUGAUGGGAACCUUGGGAAUGAUAAAAUUAGAGCUUGAGGACAAGUCCCUGCUGGACCAGGAAAGCAGUGGGAAGCUGAUCUUGGACACAGAGGUCCAAGCCCCAGAGGGCAUGCAGGAAGGGAGCAGGGCUUCAGAGACCCAGCCCGUGGCCCACUGUCCUCGGCUCCGGCCAGAAUGUCUCAUACCGACUCUGCAUGGAACAACCUCUAGGCCACAAGAGCGUCCUGAUUCCUUAAGAAAGAGAGGGAGUGUGGAAGGAUGUGGCUGGGAACUCUUGGGAAAGCUGCCACCAGAGAAGGAGGAAGAGGCCACCAGCUCCAGGGCCCAUGAGACCAGAGAGCCAGAGUCAAAUGGUAGCCAGCUUCCAUCAGGAAAGGGCAAAGAGGUCUGGAGGAGGGCAUGGGGCAAGCAGGAUCACCAGCUGUGCCUGGAAGACACUCAACUGCAGAAGGGGAGGUCUGGGGAUGAAGACCAAGAGGAGAAGAUGCAGCUCCCAGUGAUACCCAGCCCGGCCUCCUUGGGAGUCCCUGAGCAGCCUGGCGUCAAGGCCCAUGCGGGUCAGGAACAGUGCCUACCAAUGGGUGAUCAAGAUUGGCUGCAGUUUCCCAACUGGGCCCCAGCAGGUGCCAGCAGUGAAGGUCCUUGCCCCUCACAGGCUUUGGUCACAGGACAGGACAGGUGCACCCUGCAGAUAGACACGCUGGAGAGGGAGGUGGAGGCCUGCUUCCAGCCGCUGAACAACCUAAAGCUUGUCUGUGGAGAUCUCCAGCAGAUAUCAGCAUUGACGAGAGAGAGCCAGAGUGUCACUCAUGCAUGGUUGGACACUGAGGAGUGUGUGUGCCUUCAGCAGCCCUCAGGUAGCCAGGAUCUGAAUGCAAAAUCCAGCAGGAAUGGUGAGGGAGGGAGGCGGGAAGAGGAUGUGGCCCUAUGUACUGGAGAAGUUCCUCCAGGAGCAUCACUUGAUGGGGAUAAAGUCAACUGGGGCCCUGCAGAGCUGGGUGGGAGCCCAUUCCCCACAACAUGGUAUACCCUCAAGAGGGCAGGGAGCAGGUCCCAUCAGCUCCUUGCCACCCCGAAGAAAGAGAGAAGUCAGGUUUUGCUUGAUCAUGCCAGGCUUCGGGGAGCCCAAGAAGGAUGUCACCAUGAAGGACGCCACUGUGAAGAAGAGCUGGCGGGAGAAGCAGCCAAGGCACUGAGGCUGGAGCAGGCGAACCACACACUGCAGGGAGAGCUGGGCCACCUCAGGCGUGAGCUGGACCAGUGUCUGCAGGCUGUGUCUGACCUGGAGGACUGUAACGGGAAGAGUUACUGCAAGAUUUCCCAGCUGGAAGAGGAAAAUGAGAAACUGAAGGGGGACCUGGGCCGGCUGCACAAAGCCAUGUCCCAGAGUGUCAGGAAAGCCGGAAGCAGGAUGAAGCAUGCCACCCAGGAAAACAGAGAGCUCAGGGCUCUGAUCUCAGAGCUCGGAGUCAGUUACAAAGGGCUGAUAAAGGACACAGUGCUAGGGAUAGAAGACAUGGUCUGGGCUCUGCAGGGGGAGAACAAGCACCUUGUAGGCAGAGUUCAAGGCCUGGAGCGGGAGGUCCUGCAGAUGAACAGGGAUUCAAGGGAAGAAAAGCUGUGUUCCCAGGGAAACUCCAAGAUGGCAGGAGACGAGGGACAUACUGAAGACAAAGAGGUCCAGGUGACUCCAUUUUCAGGACAACUGAUCACAGGAGCCUGUGGGCCACCCUGGGAUGAGAAAUUAGGUGUGACUUGGGGUCAGGCAGAACCUUCCUUAGAUUUGGAAGAUACCAGAUGCAGGACUGUUGCUAGUUCUGCCCCAUCAGUCUGUGCAGUCACUUCAGGGCCUCAGGAAGCACACACCAACGGGGAAAGGAGAAUCGGAACUCGGCUGCAAAAAGAACAGGAGACACCAUGGUGUUCUAUGCAACCAGGACAGUCUCAGGGGUCCCUGAGCAGAAGCCUCCAGUUCCAGACCUCCAAGACCGAUGCCCCCGAGGAAGACCCCAAACUGUGUGUACAGCGGCUCCACCACCAGCUUGAGGAGCUCCGGGAAGAGCAGCGUGAAGCGCGCCUGGCCAUGAGUCCUCUGAAGGCCAAGCUGGCUUCCCUGGUGCACAAGUGCCAGGAGAGGAACCGCCUGAUUGAACAACUACUGCGGGAGCUGCCAAGACAAGAGCCCAAGAACCACCUGCUCUGCGAGCUGGCACAGAACAUGCUGGAUGACGUGGCACUGGCUGAGUAUACCGCCACCUUCCUGACCCCAGGAGCCCCAGAGACAGUGUGCCACCUGGAUGUCGGCUCCAAGGGGAUGACAGCUGGAGGAGGAGCUCAGGAGUACCUGCUUAAUUCUGAAACAGACAGUAUCCUUCAAAGCCUGUGGGGUAUGGAGUCCUGGUUCCUUCCAGAGGCUGAGUGGGCGUCACAGACUGCUCCACUCAGUUCCCCAAAGGAAAGAAGACAGCACCAUCAGGCACAUCACGCUGGAAAAGAUGAACGGCUGUCCCAGAUGACCAGUGGAACAGAGGUGGCCCUGUGAUGUACGGUCCUUUCAAGAGCUGAGUUACAAGCCGCGUCACCACCCCUACCCCAGUCAUCGUGAGGGGAUGUUUCUCUCUGCACAAGACCAGUGAGAGCCCCGGAAGCCCUCAGAAUUGCCAUGGAGCAAUGGCAGGAUCCUGGGCUUUGGGGUUUCCAGGCUGGCUGUGUCACUUGCACAAAUGACUUAAUUUUUUGGAUGUCUCCUUCUUAGCCUGUUUGGGAGUCUUUCUGUCUAUCUGACAGUCAUGUGUGAUGGUACUAAAGCUGGCAAAUCAUCCUGAUACUUCAGGAUGGUGGCUCAUGUUUCGGAGCAACUUGGUGUUUGUGAACUAUCUUCUGCUCACCUCCCUGACGUCAUUCAGGACAUGCUGCCUCGAAGCACACACAGUAUCACGAUGUCUCUUCCACCUGCCGUGGGUGACAAAGCCUGCAGGGGAUGGUUGUAAGGUGACUUUGGUGAUGAUCUGGACAUCAUGGAGGUUCUGCAGAGUCCCAGGCUGAGUGGAGGUCUCGCCCAUCCUGGGAAUUGUCUAGGGAGAGACCCCCAGCUGUCAUCAGGUUCUCAAAGGAAACAGACUCAGUAUCAAGCACCCUAGUCUAGUAAGGAGAGAACUCCACAGGGAAUCCAGACAUCUGACUCUGGUCCUACCUUGCUGGUGACCCUUAGACUAUUCCUUGGCCUCCAGGAGCCUUGGGUCCUCACUUGUGUAGUGGAUGCACCCACAGGCUUUCCAGUUCACGGGCAGCUGUAACAGUGCCCAGUCUGCAGUCCAUCCUGGCAUCAUGGCUCAGUCCCUCCUGGUUAUGAGCUCCUGUUGCUGGUUUCUCCCAAGGAGCAGGCUCUGGCUACUGGGAAGACUCUAGGUAGCCUCCCUGCCUUCAGGAGGAGGGAAGAGAGCUGCUUAUCCAAACACAGGCCACUUCUAACAACUGUGUCCUUCACUUGUCCCCUAGGUAGUCACAGCACCCCAAGCAAGCAAUCCAUACCAAUGCCUUGUCCUGUUUCUGUGUUCUCAUCUAGGUGUUGCUAGAGUUUUCCUGCCUGGCCCACAGUCAGGACAAAUCUCUCUCACCCGCCAGUCCCAAGCCGCUUAAACCCGAUCAAAUAAACACAGAGACUUAUAUAUUGGUUUCAAACUGUAUGGCCGUGGCAGGCUUCUUGCUAACUGUUCUUACAGCUUAAAUUAAUCCAUUUCUAUUAAUCUAUACCUUGCCACGUGGCUUGUGGCUUACCGGUACUUUACAUCUUCCUUGUCCUGAUGGCGGCUGGCAGUGUCUCCCCUCCCAGCUUCCUGUUUUCUCAAUUUUCCUCUCUGUUAGUCCCGCCUAUACUUCCUGCCUGGCCACUGCCAAUCAGUGAUUUAUUCAUUGACCAAUCAGCAACACAUUUGACAUACAGACCAUCCCACAGCAUCUAGGGACUUCACUUCCUUGUGGGGGUGGGGCAUUUCCCUUCAAGUUCAAGGGUGAUGGGGCUGGCUCCAUCGUUCUGGCAGAUGGGUAUCCAACAGGUAUCUAAGCACUCCCAGAAGAAACAGGACAACCAAGAUUAUGCUUGGAUAAUCCUCCAGGAGCAUCUUCCUAUCCUUGCUGCUGUGUAUCCAAGUAGAUGGUAGGAGAUGGGUAGAUUCAGCAAGGGUAUCUUGGGCUUUGGUCAGUGAGGGAGGAGUAACAGACAGGUGUCAUAACCUGUGUGCUCAAACAGAGAAUCGAGCUCACAGCAGACACACAGGCUACCCUUGGAGGGUCCGGUCAAAAACACGUCUUUGUGCCUUGUGUUUUUGAUUAGGUGGAAGGUACAGAAUAUAAACUUAGUGUCUUGACCAUCUCAACCAUCCGGUUCACUGCUCAUCCACACACUCAGUGCUCUGCAGCCAUCACCUCUACUGUCUCCAGAGCUCUUCUGUCAUCUCAACUGAAACCCUAUGUCUGUUACACACUAGCUCCUUUUCCUCUUUUCCCAGACCCUGACAACCCCAUUUCUCCCCUGACUACAUGUCUCUCUUGUCUGAUUGCCCUAGGGACCUCAUGUAAUAUGUGUCCUGUGACUAGCUUCUUGGGUUCCAUAUGACAUGUCAGUCUGUCCAUGCUAAGUUAUGCAUCAGAACAGCCUUUUAUAAAGCCAGUACUGCACGUAUUGACCACAUUGUUUGUCCUCUUACCCAGCAGUGACACUUGGAUUUCUGCUACCUUUUGAAUGUAGUGAGUGAUGGUGCUAUGAAGGUGAGCACGCAGAUAUGCUGACAUGAUAUACAUACAUACAUAUAUAUAUAUAUAUGUAUGUAUGUAUAUAUAUGUAUAAAAAUUUGGAAUUAGUAACAUUGAAAACCCAAGACUUUUCCUAGGAAGUCAGGACAUUUGAGUUUUCCAGGAAACUGUGGGAUCUGGGCACUUUGCUCCCCUAACCCCUUGUCUUCUUGACCACCAUGGGAGCUGUGUGAUGCUGCUCUGCUGUUCUCCAGUGGCAAGCACCUGUCCUGGUGCCUUGGGAAUAGACUGUUCUCAACACACUUCAAAAGCCAGCUGGCCACCACCUUACUGUGAUUCAGUGGUGGUCCCUCAUCACUGUACAUGUUAGUGGCAGUGUAGAUAUCAGAAAGGGUCAGAGCCUCAGUCUGUGGCCCAGGCAGGGAGUGAUGCCACCAUGCUCCCUGGGAAAGACUAGGCCCCAUACUGCCCAUCCCCCCAGGGCAAAGCCCUGAGCUACCUGAGUCUCAAUUCUGUCUUGUGAAGGAAAACUGGAUGAAGAGUCCUUUCUCUUGCAGCCCGGAGGAGCAGAGACAGAGGUUGAAGUGUUUAGCGACUGAAGUGCACUUGGAAAGUGCUAAUAACAGCUCAGGCCCAGCCUGGAGGCUGGGUGUGCAUGGAUGGGGACUCCUGUGCUGUAAAGUGGGAAAGGAGGCUUGUACACCCUAGGUCUAUUCCCAGGACCCAUGAGGCCUGUGGGAAAUGAACUUGACUUAUAUCAGGUACUCCAUAUUUGUUGCUUUCCAGUCAGUGGGGCCACAUCUGAGUCUCCCAAUCAUUUUCCCCAGAAAGAGCCAUGAAGUCUAGGGAGCACCCUGGCUUUGAAUUUGCCUACCUGAUUUCAAACCAGCCUGUAGUGGGCAUCCCCCUGGUCAUCUGCAUAAUCUUCUCAGUACCAAGAGGAUAGAAUUAGACGGUACUUGGCUCAUAGUUCAAGAUCAGCAAAGCCUGUGCUAGGCAUGGUGGCACAUAUCUUUAUCCUGGCAUUUGAGAGGUAGAGGCAGGUGGAUCUCUGUUAGUCUGAAGUGAGUUCUAGACCAGCCAGGGCUACACAAUGAGACCUUCUCUCUAAAAUACAGUUCUCCCAAUACUUCUUCCACAAGGAGGAGUGCACAGUACAGGUGGCCUUCAGUUCCUGUUGGUUCACUCCAGAACUCACAGGCACUUGAUGCUGUGACUUAAUGCUUUCCACAUUUUAUUUAUUCAUCCAACCAAUAGCAUUGACGAAGAGCCAAGCUAACCCUGGGUUCCUGCAGCAGGAGUCCACUGCGGCCAGCCUUCGGUGGUUUUGCUACAUACUCCUUUUGAAUAGUCCUUCUCCCUGGCUUUGCCUUCAAGUUACAUCCAUGGCUAGAUGGGGGGCUUCUUGUCUUCCUGGGCCAAGUUCUUGGUGGUCUGCUUGUUCUGGUGUCCCACUGGUCUCUCUUCCUGCUCAACACUGAUGCUAUUUCUUCCUCCUUUCCAAAGCCUGGAUGGAUACAUAUGAGUCACCCCCUAACUGGAGGUACCCUUGGACCACACAUGGGGGAUCCUUUGAGGUCAGACAUGGACCCAGCAGAGCCAAGCCUCUUCCCCUUUGGGCUUUGGAUGAGAUGGGACACAGAUGGAAAAGCCUUUUGUCAACUUUCAUUCUGUGGAAAUAGACCAGAUUGGUGCUGCUUGACUUUCAUGUGCUAGCUAGAAGACAGAGACCACCUGGCAGAGGAGGGACAAAAGAGAUUUAAAGCCAGAGCAACAAGGCUGCAGUGAGCAGUCUGAAGCUCUGACACUGAAGACACAUGCUACCCCAUUUCCUCACCUGGCAGUCUGGGUUCUAACACACCCACCCACACCAGCAUCUGCUGGGGGUUACCGAUGAACAGGCUGGGUAGGGAAAGCACUUUGCAGGCUAGAACACAGUGCAGACACUUUGUUCAGGUCAUUACUUUGGUAUGCGUUUAUGGUGUACCUACUGUGUGCGUUGUAAGCAUGAUCUGUCUGCCUCGAGAUGAUUUGGAAAAUGUCCCUGGACUGAGAAGGAUUGCCUGUCAGAUGGCUGUACUACACAUUCAUAGAUUAUGACUAACAACAGCCAGAGAGUUGGCAUGGCAACGUUUUCCCCUGAACUGCGAGGCAGUAUGCUUAAAAUAGGUACGAUGGAGGUGUGGCAGCAGCCGAGACGGAUAGCUCUGCAGCCUGAAAUGGGUGGUAGGCUCAGGGUGGUCAUGUCCUUGUCCUUUCCCAGCAGGUCAGCGGUGCAGGGAUUGAGAUGGUAGACCCAGGCGCAUCCACUGUGGGAGCUGGAGAAAGACUUAGGACUCACUAUAAACACCCUUCCUCCCUGAAGCCCAGACUACUUAAAGUGGGACACCAUUGGCAAAGGGACCCCAGACAGGACUAAACCGGUUCUGAUCUCUUGUGGACUACUACCCAGCAGUGCCAGAGUGCAGCUGCUUCUGACCGGGGAUGCAAUUCAUUUUCUUGUGGGUUCCAAUGUGAAUGGCAUCAUUUAACACUGAGUCUGAGUUCAAGUCCUCCUUUUCUGUGGAGUUCAUGUGUGGGAUCCUCCUUGGGAAGUCCGGAGUCCUGAAAUAGCUUGGAACUCUUACUUUUGGGCUGGACUUGCAUGACUGAGGUUUGAAUUGGCCUCCCCCUACCUCCCCAGUGUUCAGAUCAGCAGAACUGAUCAGAAGUUCAUGAAUCAUGGGGCUGAAGAUGUAGCUCGGCUAGUAGAGUGCCCUGGGUCCCAUCCCCAGCACCAUAUACACUGGUUGUGCUGGUGAACUACUGUGAUUCCAGCAUUCGAGGUGGGGGUCAGGAGGACCAUAAGUUCAACUUACCUUCAGCUACAUAGCAAGUUUGAGGCUAGCCUGAGAAACACAGCUACUUAAAAACAAAACAGAAAAACCAUGAGUUGAACAGGGUGUGUUGUUACAUGCUGUAAUCCUUGCACCUAGCACUUGGGAGGUGGAGAUAGGAGGAUCCAGAGUUCAAGGCUAGCUUGGGCUAUGUGAAACUGUCUUAUCAAAAUGUUCAUGGACCAUUUUGUGAUGAGAUUCAUCUGUGAGUCUAGUUCCCUCAUCACUGCAGAGGAUGGGGACCCAGGUCUCACACAAGAGUGCCCUGUGCUCCCUUUGCUCAGCAGCGAGUUGAGUGAGGUUUUCAUUUCAGGGCCUGUUUCUCCUUUAAGCUCUGAGCUGCUUGAAAGAGAUCAUGGCUUGUGUUUGUUUCCAAGUGGAGGGUCUAGAAGGUGAAACUGAGAGAGGCAGCUGGGGAGAUAACUAUCCAUUUUCAGACAGUGGACCCAAAGUCUCUUCCCCCCGUCCUUUCCUGCACUAAGUUCCCAGAUGACGCUGUGGGCUUCUCCUGGGCUCAAUUGUAUUGAUUUUUUACUCUCCACUGGGAAAGAACUGUGCAGGUAGGGAGUUCCCAUCUUUGGAAUAUUUGUGACCACAAGGCAGUUUGGUAACUUGACUGUUGAGGCUCCUUCUGAAGCCAGAACACAGAGAGAGAGAUGGCCUUCACUUCCCUGUGACAAGCCCUGAUAAUGGGGUCUUGGUGGCCAAUCGCUGCAGAACUAUCUGAAAAUCCAGGGGAUGAAAUGUACCUCUGGCCACUUCUUUGCAUCCUGAUUUCUUCUGGGCUAGAAGUAGCGUGAGAGGCAAAUCUACCAAUUGCUCAAUAAACAGAGCAGAUUUCUCUCCUGCAUUGGUGCCGCCGGCCAAGUGUACCCUUGCUCGGCGUUGGCAUAAAUACGUUGAGAUUCUCUGGUGCCUUAUAGAGGCAGAGAGGGGGGAAUCCCAGGAGUUUGAUGACAUAUUUAGCUUCCUUCUUCAUUUAAUGAAAAAAUUCACUCAUACCUUGACCCCAAAGCUGUUUGGACUAAGUCAAUGCACCGUGAGAUUGAAGGGCAGAAUUUUCUUUGUUUCAUCUGAUCUUCAUUCAUGCUCUGAUUCCAUAAAUCCUGGACGCACCACAAUCUGACUUUGGCAUCAUGGAAAGACUGAACCCAGCCACAAGAAUAAGGCUUUCUUCAAAAGCAUAGUUGUUUUUUAUUUUUAUUUUUAUUUUGGUGGUUGCUUCUAUGACAAAGGGUGGCCUGAUGGUGUCUUUAUGUGCUGAGCAAAAGGGAAGUGAAGAAAGAAUGAGAUCGUCAAACAUGGCUGAAAACUUGAUUUCAAUUCUGUAUCAUUUUCAUUUCUGCCUGAGAUAAUAUAAUGCAGUGUUUGUAAAUAUGACUUUGGAGGUGUGGGUGGAAGUGGAAGCUAGGUCAAGUAUAAUUCUUACUUAGAGUCUUCACUGGGGCAAGCACAAGGCCAGAAGAGGUAGGAAGGUAAAUGAGGGGCCAGAUGCACACCUGGGCUUGAACUCUGGCAGGGCCACCAACCAGCUGUGCAAGUUCAGACUGGCUCUCUCAGCCUCUCCAGGGCAACAGUGUGAGGAUGUGGGGGUUAUUGUAUAUUUCUGAAAACACACAAAGAAUGUUGAUGGAUGCCAGGGACUUCUGUCACUCCCCUGAAAGCGAGCUAUCUGGAGACACCUUGAGCAAGUCAGAGCACAGGCUAACCCCUUGACCUGGGGACUAAAGCUUAGGUUUUUCACAGUCAGCUUUUCAUGGCCCAUGAGAGAAGCAGGUAGGAAUCAUUGGUUGUGGUGCUGAAGAGAGCCCCUGGCCUUCUCAGUCCUUUGGGGCGAGAACUGGGAGGGAGCAGAAAUCACAGAACAGCUGUGAAGCGCAAUAGCACUUGGGAGAUUGUGCGCGUUCCAACUAGGUCGCAGGCACACAAUAACCUUACAGCCCACUGCUGGAAUCUAAAAGGACUCUUCCAUAGCCAGCUUACCAAAUCCAAGGUAAAAAUUUUGGCAGGCCCAUCAUGUCCCUCUACCAGUGAGCCACUCUGUUCCACAGGGGUGUGGUCCAGUGACAUAUAGAGCCCUUUCCUGUUGGGUGUUAUCCAGCAGGACGCUCACUGAGUGAUUGGCAGUGGCUGUCCCAUAGCACCCUGCCUGCAGUGUGGUGAACAGAAUGAUUGCUGUUUGUCAGCCCUUCCCAUCACCACUCAGACCUGUGUGACUCAGGCUAAGUUGCCCCAUCAGGAUUUCUAAUGACAAUUCUGUCUUGUGUAAAUUAGAGCAGGAUAUUCUCUUGUUACCCAGAAGUAUUUUUCUAUGUUAGUGAAAUGUAUAUAUACUUUGUGUAAUUUUGUACAUUAAAACAUGCUUUUUUCGUAA